GUACAUCAAGUACAUGGAUCAAUUGUUUAGCAAAUAGGUUCCUCAAAACCCCGCGCUUUUUAAAACUCGAUAGUUCAGUUGCAUGCAGUAGUUCGUUACGAAUUAGAAAGGCACUCAGCUGUCGCGUCGUGAAUAAACUUUGUAUCGUUUCAUUUUACGGUCAUUCUUCACUGUCUUAAAACUGUCAGCAGAGAUCAAAUGACCAGUUCCGAUAGUCCUAGAUACAUAUCUAGAUAUCUGGACAAUUAUUCAGGCGUCUCUGCUAGAAGUUUAAUCCGGACUCCGCCUCUUAGUGAUUCACAGAGUCUACUCGAUCAAGAUGGAAAUAUCCGAUCAGCGAAGAAAAGUCUCAAACUUGAAUCUGAUGCAGGGUCCGGUGACGAACAAGAAAGUGUGAUGUCUUCCAGCAAACAACUACCAUCCAAGAAUUAUGACACCGAUAAGAUUGGAUUUGAAGCAAGUCUCUCUGCUAAAGAGGAUAUUCUUGAUAAGAUUGGGAGUAGUCCAAUAAAAAACAAGAACCUAUCUUUGCUUCAUGAUCACAUAAAGGACAUGACGAGUAUUGUGAGGCGGUUAUCACGGGACAUGGAGAGAUGUGAGGGUGCUGUUUCCAGCAACACUGCCGCUAUUAACACACUCUCAGCUAGACUCGCUACUCUGGAGGGUGGUAGUGCUGUUAACGCUAAUAUGGACACUAGGAUAAACAGGUGCGAUGUUGGAAUAACAGAGCUAGUGAGGGAAGUAAAGGAAUGCAACAGAAAUAUCAACAAAGUAAAACAAGUAACGGAGGCUCAUACAAGUGUACUGACAGAGAGGAACAGAACACAGGACAGUAAAGUGCUGGAUUUGGAGCAGGUUAUAGGCAAAUUGGAGUCGGAACAGAGUCGUCAAAUCGCCAAUCUUAGAGACCAAACCAAAGAGCUUGGAACCGUGUCCGUAUCUUUAGAGCGUGGAGUCACAAAAGAUAUGUCUCAACUAAGGGAAGCUUGUCUCAAUCGAGUUGAUCGCCGAAUCGAAGACUUGGAAGAGAGAUGUACGUCGCAGUUCGGAACAAGAGACCAACGGAUCGACGAAAUAAAUGAAUCUCUGGCCAGUGCAGUCGAACAGAUCAAUCGAGAAGUAGAGAAAUUGAAAGAAAAACAAACCAGCACUGGGAAACAAGUGACACAGAAUGAAACAGAUGGAUCUAAAACUAUCUCCAGACUGCGCGGUGAAUGUAUGAGUGGUUUCAAGACACUACAAGAAAGCAUUGAUACCAUGCACAGUAUUCUCGACAGUAAGAUAGAGCUGGUGGAGGACGAGGUCAGAUCGGAGAUAAGGAAAGCUAUGAAAACUGUUGUUUUGACCUAGUUUAUAAAGAAUGGGGACUUUGAACCGAAGCUUUUUGUCAACUGUUGUUGGACUAUUAGGACAAGAUGGAUAAUGGAUAUGGAAUUUCAGGAUCAUUACAGUGUUUUCAAGAUUUGAAGUUUCUUUAAGGAGAGGAUCUAUUUUUACGCACUAAAUUUAAUUAAUAAUUUUAACUCAAGUUUUAAAUUUGGGUAAUUUUUGAGAAUAUGAUGUCAGACCUCUAACAAAGAUGGCAGUUGAUCGUAAUUCCGUUCUAAAAUUGCAUUGUGCUUAUUAACUAACUAUAACGGCUUAAUGAAGACCUCCGCAUUCAAUACUCGAUAAUAAUUUAAUAUUACAAUAGUUUUGAGUCUGUAAUUUAAGAAAUUGAGAUGUCGCUCGAACAGUUAAUAUUAAUGGUACGUCAAAAUCAAAUUAUCAAUAUGCUCAGUAUAGUAGUCCGUGCUAAUCACAGGGCUAAUUAAACAGAAAUAAUAAGUACUUUGAUCUUGUGAAGAAAUAUUAUAUAUGCUCUUUAAAAAAAACCAAUUUGAUGCCAACUCUACGCUUAUUGGGUGCCCUGUUAACUGUGUGGAAACUAGGCUCAAUUCGGUUCGGUCAUCUUCAGAGUUCAGACGUAUUAUUAACAAUUUUAAUUUCCAUCGUUUUAAAAUAUAUUGUAUUUCAAAAUCUUAAAUAUUAUUCAAUCCAGCAGCUUUAGCUGAUUAACAUGACCAUGUAUACUAAAUAUUAUGUAGCUUAUAGUCAAUUUGAAUAGUUACACUGUAUGAUAUGUAUAAAGAUAUUUAUUUCUCGUUAUUCCCAAUUAUUGUUAUACAUUAUUAUACUCUAGUAAAUCUUAUGUGGUGAUUACUGGGGUCCCCAGGUAAAUGUGGUAAAUUAUGUCAUAAUUUUGAGGAGAAAACCCCGGUUUUAUAUUAAUUUUGGACCUAAAUGGAUACAUUGUUAGAUGAAAAGUACAAUAUAGGAUAACUACUGUACAGCAUACUGAUACAGUGUACACUUUUCAAUAAGUUACAAAGAAUUACAGCGAAACCUGUCAAUUACAACA